UUCUAUCCCCCUCUGGUGCUCCCUCUCUCUCCUUUUUGUCCAUCCUUCCCAGACGCUUCCUCCACACACUCGCACGUACCCUCCCAACACACACACACACACACACACGCCCGCACGCGUGCGCACCUUCUUUCGCUCUCAAGCUUCCCGCCCGUGUGUGCGUCCGCUCGUGUUUUCAUCUGGGUGCUCCCACGGCAGGAACAGCGAACGACCAUCUCGGCAAAGGUGUUACCGCGGCGACAGCAAACAGAGCCACGAGAAAAGACGAGACAAAUCCUCCUCACAGAGCUGGUUCCGGGAGUGACAGCAAGUGGAGUGAGCUUUUGAAGAACCGUUGCGGUGGGCACUAUUAAGUUAAAGAACCUGUGCGGGAGGGACCCAGGAAAGACUGCGUGUUGCCUGCCUUCGCCCGGCCACCCGCCACCCCACCUCCCCUCCACCCACUACCCCCUCGCCGUGUGCCGCCAUGAGCGAAAGUAAAAGGGAAGCCCUGGUGGGCCCCGCCACCACCUCCUCCUCCACCGCCGGCACCAACACCACCGACCUGGUUGGGCCCGGGCCCGGCGAGAAGGACGAGAACUUCUCCAAGAUCAAGAACAAGUUCAUGAACGAGCUCAACAAAUUCCCGCUGCCAUCAUGGGCCGUCGUGUCCAUCGCCUUCGUGGCCAUCGUGCUGGUGCUGGCCUGCUGCUUCUGCGUCUGCAAGAAGUGGAUCUUCAAGAAGAAGAACAAAAAGAAGGGCAAAGACAAGGGCAAGAACGCCAUCAACAUGAUGGACGUCAACGACGGCGCCAAGACCGAGGCCUUUCAGGAUGAGGAGGACGCCGAGACAGGCCUGACGGACACGGAGAAAGAGCCGGAGCCCAAGGAGGACGAGAAGCUAGGGAAGUUACAGUACUCGCUGGAUUACAAUUUCACCGAGAACACGCUCAUGGUGGGUAUCAUCCAGGCGGCAGAGCUCCCUGCCAUGGACAUGGGAGGCACCUCGGACCCCUACGUCAAAGUGUACCUGCUGCCCGACAAGAAGAAGAAGUUUGAGACCAAGGUCCACCGCAAGACCCUCAACCCCACCUUCAACGAGCAGUUCAUCUUCAAGGUGCCCUACGUGGAGCUGGGGGGCAAGACGCUGGUGAUGACGGUGUACGACUUCGACCGCUUCUCCAAGCACGACGCCAUCGGCGACAUCAAGGUGCCCAUGAACAAGGUGGACUUCAGCCACGUGACGGAGGAGUGGCGGGACAUCCAGAGCGCCGAGAAGGAGGAGCAAGAGAAGCUGGGGGACAUCUGCUUCUCCCUGCGCUACGUCCCCACGGCCGGCAAGCUCACCGUGGUCAUCCUGGAGGCCAAGAACCUGAAGAAGAUGGACGUGGGAGGCCUGUCAGAUCCGUACGUGAAGAUCCACCUGAUGCAGAACGGCAAGCGUCUGAAGAAGAAGAAGACCACCAUCAAGAAGAACACGCUGAACCCCUACUACAACGAGUCCUUCAGCUUCGAGGUCCCCUUCGAGCAGAUUCAGAAAGUGCAAAUCGUGGUCACCGUUCUGGACUAUGACAAGAUCGGCAAAAACGAUGCCAUCGGCAAGGUCUUCGUGGGCCUCAACAGCUCGGGCACGGAGCUCCGCCAUUGGUCCGACAUGCUGGCCAACCCGCGGAGACCCAUCGCCCAGUGGCACGUGCUGAAGGUGGAGGAAGAGGUCGACGCCCAGCUCUCCACCAAGAAAUAGGCAGCCGAGGGCCCCAACCUUUACUCUGAGCAGACCCCCCCCCUGCACCCCCCCCUGAAAAGAAAAAUCUUUGCCCAAAACUCUGCACACUCCUCCCCCUAUUUUAGCAAGUAUGUGUAAAUACUUCACUGAAUAUACAUAUAUAUAUAUAUAUAUAUAAAUAUAAAUAUAUAUGUAUACAUAUAGGUUUACUUAACAUCCCCCUAGACACAAACCAACACACACACACAAACACAUGCACACAGACAACCAGAACGAUAACACACUCUGAGCGAGGCCCAGCCCCCACUGUGUGUAUUCUAUGUCUCUUUUUAUCGGCUCCUAUUCAAAUGACUCCCCACAAAGUCCUUGCGAUCUUUUCCCCACUGUCCCUAACUUUCUGUCUUUUUCGGUCUGGUUUAGCUUGUGCUCCCCUCCACACGACACUUUCGUUCUAGCGAUCAGGCGAUCCUCUCUUUCAAUCAUUGUUGCCCAAGGCCACGCCCCCUUAUCCCCUGCCCCGCCCCCUCAAACCAAAUGCCCUCUCCUUUUAAGCAAUAUGAUGUGUAUAGAAAACGCAUGACGGAAAGAGUUAAUUCAUUGUACCACAGUUGUAUAUAUACAUAUGUACGCAGACAAAAACUACAUUUUUUGUUUAUGUGUUUGUAUGUUGUUAACCCAUUUCCUAAUCUGUGUAUAUCUAGAUGUUUUUAAUAAGAUGUUCUAUUUUAAAUGAUGUAAAUGCAGAUAUAGAGGAAAGCCAAUAUUAUAUAUAUAUAACCCAGGAUUUUAAAAGUUCUAAUUUAUUGCAUUCCAUGAAAAAAAAGGGAUUUCCAACGGGCGCAAUGCUAACGGAAUAUAUGAUGAUUAUGUUAAAUAGGACGACAUCCAUCUCGAAGUUCGAUGGAAGACUUAAUCAAUAAAACACGUAAUUAAUGAAGGAAAGACAUAAAAGGCCAUACACUACUAUGGUUCUGUGAAGUGAAAAACGAAUUAUGCUGCUGGGGAUUAUACAAGCACAUGAUUUCUGAAAAAAACUUUUUAUACUAAUUUCUCAAUUGGAGGACCUAUUAUGUUGAGCGGGCCAUUAGUUGUUAUCGGAGUUGUUAUCGGAAGGUUUAUUAGGAGAUUUAAUUUUGUCCGUUUCGUUCCAAGGUCUCUUUCUUCUGCGCCAAACAGUUUGUAUUUACAAGGGCCAUCUUUUACUUCUACAGGAUUGCCUUUGUCUUUAUUUUCAUUCGAAAAUAUAAAAAACUAAUAUCUCCCCCUAACCCUAGGUAACUAGGUAAUUAAUUUCCUGUUGACCCUACAGAAACAACCCCCGCCCUCCCCCCGUAAAAGGAAAAGAAGAAAUAGCAAGCUGUAGCCAUUGUGUCCUUAAGCUUGUUUAACAAGAUUCAGUUGACUGCUUCACUUUCAACAACGGUGGCCAUGUUGGAAGUGUGUCUCACUCGCGUCCAGGCGUCGGGUUCCAAGGCUCCGUGAAGGAGCCUUAAAAAAAUACAUGAGAUAUUUCAACUAUUUUUUAGAGCAACUCGACGUCAAAAUAUUUUUUAAGUAAAACUGCAUGAUUUUUUUACAAUAUUUACAAAGAAAAACGGGCGAGCAAAUCGGAGUUCGGAAGUUCUUCUGUAGACACCGCUGGGCUGUCUCUUCUGACACACACCCCUCUGCCUUCAAUUAAGACGAACGCUUUUGAAUCGUGUUUUUUUUUCUGUCGAGAGAACAGAGCGGUCAAUAUUUGACUGAUAUUGACAGCCGGAAAGUAAGGUUAUGAACACUGCCAUUUUAAACCGGACUUGACCUUGUGUGUCUCUCCUUAGCCAGCUCGUGCUAGCUUUGUAGGUUGUAGCUUUUUGGUUUAUCGGGAACAAUAUGUUUGGCUGCCACAGUUAGCCUGAACAGCAAAACAGCAGUCUUUGCUUUGCCUUGCCUUCUCAAAGUGACAAUAGAGAUAGCCAUGUCUUCACUGCCAAUCUUAAUCUUUUCCGUGGCUACCGUUUUUGCACUUGUGUCUUCAAAACCGACAAUAGCUUGUUGACUUCCCCUUCACUCUGGGCUAUCGGUGGGCUUGGAGUCAGGCCGAAUUGCAGGGUAUAAAUGGCGUUAACCCGGGAGUGUACGAUGGUCUCGGUCGGCCAGUGUUACCGUAACACACAAAAGCGUUUUCUUAUUUUCGGGCCGGCAGCAGCAGCAACAACAACAACUGGCAUUUUGUUCGUUAUCGUUGGCGCAUGGAUGGGAAAGCUGAAACAACCCUUAACAGGAAAUGGUAUACGUUAAGCGUUUAUAUUAGUCCAUCGUGUCCUUUUUUGCUACGGGUCAAAUCACUUGCAGUUUAAAAAAAGAAAUUGACUAUGUUUUGAUCCAUGAAAAACCAUGAUGUCUCUUACCUUGGAGGACCUUCUUGCGUAUACUCAAUGCUAGCUUCUGGCGGAGUUUCUAAAUGUUUUUCAAUGUUAUUGUGUAGUGGGAUAGCACUAUUAUGAAGAUUAAAAAAAAAGAAAAAAAAAGCUACUAUGUCAUUCCAUAGGCGUCUCUGACCGGGGGACUGCUUUGUGUAUCACUGUGACUGCCUUGUGUGCUUAGAAAUGUAGACUUUAUCAGUAGGUAGUCCGCCUGUCCGUUUUGUAGUAAUGUUGUAGCGUUUGACGCCAUCAAAGCCUCCUGUAUCUCCAACCCCCCCCUCUACAUGCAGUCAGAAAGAAGAGCGCCAAGUUGGCCAGGUUGAUAAUACUAGUGUACGCCCACUCCCAGCCUCCCCCCCCCCCCCCCCCCCCACCACCCAACAAUACCCAACACCACCACCCCAGAAAACACUCAAUUGAUCAAUUUGAACAAAUUUAAAAAAGAGCACAUCAUUUGAGGUGGGAAUAUGAGAGUGAGAAUGGGCUGUUUUCACACUGCAUUUUGUUACUGUGUCAUACUUGUAUGCUCAUCCUGUGGUUGAAACAUGGUUGGCGAUGCCCAAUAAUUAAAAUGAGUGAAAGAUUAAUACAAAUUAAUGAUACGAACAUUUAGUGAGAGAUGUUUGAUCCUUUGGGUAAAAACAGCACAUGAGGAUUCUUUGCAGUAUGAAGAAGAUAAACUUGCUAAAAAUGCUAUUUUAAAAAGAACAAUUUUGUGUUCAUUUAUUUUUUCUUGGUUCAUUUGCAUAUUUCCCACCAUGCUACAGUUUUUCUCCUUGCACACUGAUCCAGCAUAUGUUGUUUCAGGGAGUUUAAAGAAAACAACCAAAACUAGACGAUUUGGUCUUUGAAUCUCCUUCUCCUUAAAAAAAUAUACUGUGUAUAUAUCUCUCCAUCACGUGUCCAGUAUGUAUAUCUGAACGAAAUAUAAAUGACUGAAUAUACAAUAUC